UAUCUUAUUUUCAGUCUAUCGAUCUAAAGACUCGAAAUGAAACGAUAAUCCUCAGCUUCAUAAAAGCAUCUCCCCUACCUCUGAUUUAUGACGGCCAAUUAAACCCUUUUCAAUUGCCUAUAUCUAUACCUACACCUAUACAUACACACACUCACACUCACACACGCCAACCUCUGUAUAUAUAGAGAGAGAAACACAAAAUUGAAGCAAAAAUAAAGGUGUCGGUGCCUUUGGAAUUAUCUUUUUCUGCGCAGGUUUUGCCGAUUUCUGUUUCGUAGAAAUCAACGUCGGAACUUUUCUCCAGAUGACAUCCCUCCUCGGAUUUUAGUUCUUUUUUUGUGGCGGAUUUCACAAUAAAUAGAUCCAUGGAGGGGAGAAGAGGCGGCGGCGGCGGCGGCGGUGGUGGUGGUGGUGGGGAAUUAGAGGCGCUGUGUAAUUGUUCGUCGACGGGAAAGAGGAAAAAUGAUCAGAGGCCUUAUAAAGGGAUACGUAUGAGGAAGUGGGGGAAGUGGGUGGCUGAGAUUCGAGAGCCGAAUAAACGGUCCAGGAUUUGGCUCGGCUCGUACUCGACUCCCGUCGCCGCCGCGAGAGCGUACGAUACCGCCGUGUACUACCUCCGUGGUCCCUCCGCCCGGCUCAAUUUCCCGGAAUUAUUGGCGUCCGACGGUGGUCCCGACGAGCUCUCCGCCGCCUCGAUUCGGAAAAAAGCGAUUGAGGUUGGGGCGAGAGUGGAUGCAGAGACGAGCUGUACGACGUCGUUAAGUACGAGCAGUACCCAUGACCACCACCAUCAUCAUCAUGCAUCCACUUCUGAAUUGAAGCCUUGUUGGUUUCAAGAAAAACCCGACUUGAAUAAAAAACCCGAACCCGAGGACCCAGAUGGAGAUUAUUGGUGAACAACUUUGGAUUUAGAGGGGCAUUUCUGUAAUUUCUUAUCUAACCGCUGGUAAUUUGGAGCAGUAAUUUUUUAUUUACCUUUGUUUUAUCUAUUUCUUUAUUGCAAUUAGAUAAAACAAAUUUUGCAUCUCAUGUUACAAGACAAUGAUGUAAAUAUAUUGCGUUGUAUUUUCUUUGAAAUUAAUAAAUUUUAU